GUCCCGCGGCGUACUGGAUCGUUCGCGGUUAAAAUAGCCUCCACCGGGCGAGAACGUUCGUGACAAAGCGAAAGUGCGAUGAGGUUCUGGAUUAUUUAGAAUCGUGCGCGAGCGGGCACAUCGUGAUCGGAGAAUUGAGUGAUUACGUUGAAAAAAGGAGGCGAGUUUUGUGUUGCGGAAAGGGGAGAAACAGCGAAAAUAAAAGCUCUGAAUAAGCAAAGCGCUUCAAUACGAGGGAGCACUUGGUGGGAGUGAGAUAUUCGCGAGAUUGUUCGCGUGUGCCGCGCUCGUUUUCGCACGGCGCCGCGAUCUUGUGGCAAGUACCACGGGCGGGGAUCAAGCAUUUAAAAAGAGCCGGAGAAACGGAGGAAAAAGUGCAAACGUCUUACUAACGUCGACGAAGAAAGAAGGAAAAUAAAAAAUUUUUAAAAACAAAUAACACAAGCACGGAGCCACGUGAAACGCUGCAUGUGCUAAAGAAGCUCCGGAAAUUGCAGUAUGGAGGACAUGAGCGUGACGGUCGCGAGCAGCACGACGAGCACGAGUACGAGCACGGUGAGCACCGGAGCAAACGACAUGGACUGGUUCGCCGGGGUCGCCGAGGAGGAGCUACUUUAUUACGGGGGCCUCGGGAACGCCGAUGUCGAUUCACUUUGGACAGUCAUAGGUAGCUUCGUGCCACCGCCGCCGAGGCCACCGUAUCUGCCAGAAGAGGGCGUCACGACCGACGGACUCACCACCUGCGACCUUUGCACAUGGGCGUUGAGAAACGACAGGCAUUCGUUUUCCCUCGACGGCACACUCGAGGCUCCAGGCGAAUUCGGUUGGGUUUUGACUUUAGUGAUCGUUUCGUUGGUCUCCGCUGGUAUCGGGGCCGUCGUCAUGGUGACUCUUCUUCAUUGUAGAAGAUUGAAAAGUGCAGGAAGCAGAGCGAGUUGCUGCGGCGUCGGGGUCGAAGAGUCGAGUAAUCAGGAACCGGUUGGCAAUGGUCCUGGAGGAGUCGCCGGGGGUGGCGGUGUCUCCGUCAUACCGGAUCGACCACCCCUGGAACUCGACAAAUUGCCCCCUUAUCACGACGUGACGCCGAGACCCGGACACAACGUUUGGUCAUGGCUCGGUUCGCGAAGAGGUGGAGGCACAGCGGGGGUUGUGGCAACGCCACUGACAUUGCCGCAGCACCGAUGCGCCAUGAAUCUUCCGGUCGAAAAUCAUUACACACACAUGCAAACGGACGAGGCUCUUUACGCGGAGCUCGAUUCGCAAGCUGCGAGUUACGCGAGUGACCUUCAGCUUCAAUUAAGGGGUAGUUCGACGUACGUCGGGGGUGCAGCAUCGCCUCAGGUUCACGACGACGACGACGAUUAUCACGAGCUCGAUGCAGCGAGACUUCACAGGCGUUACGGUGGCGGCAGUGGGCGAGCAAAUGCUAGCGAAAAUAGUACACUGAAAAAGGAGACUCUGAGGACCAGGCACAGUCAAAGGUUAAAAGAGCCGGAUUACGAGAUGUACGAAAACGGUCCAACGAGCCCAGUGCCACCGGGCCAAUUGACGAACGGUCAUCACCACCAUCAUCAUCACCAUCACCACCACCAUCAUUUGCAUCAGGCAGCGAUGCGACUCGGUAACACAGGAAGUAACGGCGAGACAAACCCCUCGUAUCAAAACACCGGAUACACCGGAAGUGACGCCGAGCCGGAUGGGCCGUCGUUGAGUAGCGCACCGAGCAGCGCUUACUACAGUGAUUUGAGCUCGAAUUCUACGAGUCAACAGCAGCAGCAACAACAAAAUCAUCAACAAACAACGACGCUGACGAUAACGUCGCCCGGAUCGGGAACAACGUCACAUCAGUCCUCGAGCCAUCAGGCAGCGAGCAGCGACUCAUCGAAUCAACAGUACAGACUGGCAGCGAUAAACGAGGGGACUACGCCCUCCGAUUAUAUCUGAUAAGGAGGAAAAUUCGUACUCGAAAAAAUAGGAGAAUAGCCAUUUAUUACGGAAGAAAAAUAUAAUGAAUAUUAUUUUAAUUUAUUAGUGACGAAAGUAAAAGGAACGUUGGUUUCAAGGCGAAAUUCAAAUUUCAUCGAAAAUCUAUUUUUUUAAACUCAACCUCUAGAAACGGGCUCGGAAACAAAUAUUCCCUUUGCCCCAAAAUGUUCCUUGUACGCGAGAAAAUGACGUUUGAUUAAAUCGCAUCCGCUAGAGAUCGGUCGAUGUCAAGUCUUGAGAAAAGAAGCAAAAUUUUACGAAAAUUGGUCGAUGGAAGAAAGCCGGUUUAAAAAACCCCUAAAAAUGAAGUCCCUCCGAACCUCUGCGACGUUUUGCUCCAAUACUUUUCUCCCGUUUAAUCACAAAUAGUUGGACAGACGCGUGCACGUGAAGCAGCGUUCCCAGCGAGCUUGAAAACUCCCGCUAGAUUUUCCCCACCGUCCGAUUGUGGAUUUGGCCAAGUCGUCGCAAUCCCUCCCGCCCCUGGUCGCGUUCCUCCUUUAUUUUCAUUCGCGGUUUUCAUUCUUCUCGAGUUUUAUCAGGAUCGGCGUAUCGCACAGGGAGUCCUAAUAGACACGUAAUUCCACGAGUCCUUUGGGUAAUGAUACACUCGCGUUGUCGUCUUCAUAGUCUCGCAUGUUUAAGGCCCCUUUUCGUAUCGAACUCUACGACAUUGCCCAAGGUCUUUUAAUCCUGGUUGCAAAGUGCUUCUCGCUCUCUCUCGCCUCGCGGUCUUCGGUGCUGCAGCGCGUUCCUCGACCGAACACAAUCGACUCCACUAUACUUUCGUGAUCUCGUGAUCUAAUCGCGCGAAAAUCUCUACCCCGUUUCUCCUCAUCUUCUCCUUUUUCUUGUUCUCCUUCUCCGUCUUCCUCUUCUCCGAUGCUUUUUCUUCUUUUAUCUUUUUCCGUAAGAAUCCUUUUUUUUUUCAUCUUCGUUCCUUCCUCGCGGAGUUUACCUUCGAUCUCUUAUUUAUUUUCCGUUUAUUCGCAGCGCCUCCCGGACUCUACGAUCUCUACGCUGCUUAUGCGCGCACGCUCAUUUUUAUAUGUAUAUGUUUAUGCUGUAUGAAUCCUCCUCCGCCGCGGUGCAUGCGCGUCCUUUAUCCAGCACAUUAUCUUCCGAGAUAUCUAGCCUCGUCGAGUCUGCCAUUUUUCAACAUUAUUUCUCUUAUUUCCACUCAUUUCUUUUGUCCUUUCUUUGCCUUCUGUCCUUUAUUCGUCCCCUGCCACUCGCAUUAUCUUCGAUCAAUAUCUGUAGCCUUCGCUGCUCUCCCGCGUUAUCGAUUUUAUCGAUCCUCCUUCCCCCCUCCUUCCCACGGCACGACAAUUUCUCGCUCUCUUGCCACUCACUUUCCCUUUUUUCCAAUGUUUUUUCGAACCUUUUCGAGCGAGCCUUUCACCCACUUUUCGAAUUUACUUACGACGGACGAAUGAAAAGUCAUUUCUCGCUCCGAUUCUUCGGCUCGCUUCGCACACGAAUUUCGAGCUCGAUUUAUUUCCCACGAAGCUUGUGAGCCUUCAAUUUUUUAUCGCCAUUCGAGCAUCCUUCUCUUAAAAACUUUUGAUUCCUUUUUACUAUCGAAAUUUUAACUGCGCGGAUUUAGUUUUUUGAAUACCUCGGAGGCAAUGGGCCUCGAAAAUUAUACAGAUUUGGGAAUAAGAAAAAAUUCCUAAAACGAAGGCAGUGAAAAAAAAGCUGAAAUGAUGCUCCGAAUGAUUUAGAAAAAUCGGAGAAUGGAAAUACCUUGUAUGAAAAAAUUCAAGCUGAUCAAACGGGAAAAAUACAGAAUCGAGAAUUGCGGAAGAUUCUGCAGGAUUUUUAAUCGCAUCAUUUAAAAAACCAGAAAAAGCGGCGAGUUUUGAUGAAGUUAUUUGGUCGAAACAGGUGUUUCGUAAUUCGACGUUUGGUGGAGUAUUUCGUGCCUUUUGACGAUGGUUAAAGCGUACAGGAGUAUUGUGCCCGAAGGGACGUCGAGGAGCGCGAGGUUUCUUCUUCUGCAACUCCUCCCCUCCUCCCUCUCUUUCCUUCGAUUCGUUUUUUGUCUCUUUCAUCGGUUGUUCGUUGGGUUCUUUCAUUUCCGAGGAUGCGCCGCGCGAGUAUACUCAACCGCGGUGCACGUAAGACGUAGCGUGAGUGUACCGAGACCGAAACGAACGAAAAAGAGAAAAAACGAGGCGAAAAAAACAAAGGAAAAGAAAACGGAACCGUUUCGCUCCCAUCUUUUCCCUUCCAUUGAGUCACGGCGCGGUGUGCUCGCAGCGCACUCUCACGCAACAAUUGCUUAAAGACGCGAAAACCAAUCAAAAACGGAAGACUCCGCGGACUGCGGGAUCACGAAGGUCUGCUGCUUUACCCCGGGCAGCUUAAGAAAACGAGAAUUACAGAGAAAAAGAAAGGAAGCAAAAGAGAAAAGUGCGAGAGACUCGAAGGAAUCAGUCAUUACUCGUCCCCGUGCUAAUAUUUUAUUACGUUUUUUUUAUUUCUUUUAUUCUCCUCCGCGUCAUUCCUCCUUCUCGUUAGCAUAUCGUUGACUGAAAAACUAUUUUCUUGUAGACUCAACUAUUGUGAGGCUGAAGUUUGCGAGGUUCGAGUCCAACGAAAUGGAGGGAAACAAAAACACUUUUAAUCCUCCAAUUUUGUUCUCCUCCCUUCCAAUUCCUAGUUUUGCCAACCACACAAAUGACGAGUUGAAUAAAAAAUGAAAGAAUUGGAUAUUUCUUUCUCUCGUUUCGUUGGACCCCAACGUUGCAAGCUUCAGCAUCAUCAACUAUUUAUUUAAUUAAACUAUGAUUAUCCAAACGCUCGCAAACACUUGAAGAGUUUCCCCCCAACCCUAAGCCUGAAUGGCCAUUCAGGCUGGGUCCAAAUUUCCCCUCAUCGGUCAAAGCCGUAAACACUGAACGGAUAAACCCCCAUGCAAACGUGGGCGCCAGCAACGUGAGAAUAGACAAGACCUUCUUUGGCCCGCUUCGACAAUCUCUUGAUCCCGAAAUCACCUCAGGAACUCAUUUUUUUCCAUUGAAAACUCUCAAACUUUUAACUCCAAUUCCCACGCCUGAACGUCACAGUAAUCGUACUUGUCAACAAUCAUUCGUAUCCACACUUACGAUUUUUCAACACUGCUUGUCAUUACAAUGUUGAAAAGAACAUCCGGACAAGAAAAACAUCAAUUUAGUGAUUAAAAAUGAGUAAAAAUAGAAAGUGUGUAUAAGCGAUUGUAUAUAUUGUACAUCAUAUUAAAUAUCAUACAAUUUAUAUUUAUAGUUGUAGGCAGAUUCACUACUUUUCGAUCACAGCUUGCGGUCUGGAGUCAGCGACUUUUUCUGAAAAAGUACGUUCAGAGUAAUUCAUGAAUUUUCUUGAAGAAUAUUUGAGAGCCCAUUUUUUCACGAGAGCUCGAUGAAGUUUGGACUCGUACGGAGCGGAAUUGUUCUCCCUCGUUCUUUCAUUUUUCCAUAUAAAAAUAAUUUUCACCGCGAACCAAAAUUCACUUCGAAAAAUUUGAGCCCUUUAUUCAGAAGAUAUUUGCUCCGGCAGCGUUUCAAAAAUAUGCAAAAUCUUGUAAAAAUAACAGUCCUGGAAGAAGGUUAAUGCAACUGAAUUUUGGUCCAGAGUGAUCACAUAUUUUCCUCUCAAAAAUAGAUUGAGAAGAGAACUGACGCUUCGCAUUUGGGUCUCCAAGCCUCGUAGAGCUCGCGAUAAAAAUCGGUAAAAACUACUGAAAAAUUGACUUUUUAACGAUUUUUACGACCAUCAAACUCCAGCCACUUUAACUCUGGAAAAACAUUUUUUAAAUUCCACUUUUUCAGAAAAAAUCUGACCAUUAUAAAUUUCUAUGUAUAAACAUAAAAGUACACAAUGUUGAACGUGUGUAUGUUGAGUCGGACGAUACUUACACGCAGUUUAAUUUAUUAGGGAGCCCGAAGGAAGGCACAAAGUAGCCUCUGAGGCAAUAUACACAUACAUACUUAAAAGUAACAUUACAUACACGUUGGGGAACGUAACAGGGAGCGAAAAGCAAAGCCCAACAGAUGCAACAAUGCGCGAGAGCCUACCAGCGACGCAAUAAUUAAUUGGCCUCUACUCCUCGCCGGUCACAAUGCACCACGAAAACGAAAAAUGUGGGGAAAAAAAAACAAAAAAAAACAGCAAAACGUAUAUGUUACGAAGGAAUCUCAUGAGUUCAGUGUGCCCAUCGGGAGAGCUCGUUUUAUUUCUUAUCGAUGCUCUGCUCGCCGGCAUGCUCUCCAACAAACUUUACUGAGACAACCUGACCAAGUAUUUCACUUGAAUUUCGUACUUUUGUUUGUUGUUGUUGUUGUUUUUUUUUUUUUUUUUAAUUUUUUUUUUUCUUUACGCUUCUUUCGUACUCCAACGAGCAACAGCUUAUCAUUGAAAUUCUUGAAAAGCCAAUACCACAAUCAGUCCACAAUUUGUCAUCCGGCGAUGGCGAGCCUCGAGACUUUAACUAACGCAAAAAAUUCAAGACUGGCGCGCUCGAAAUGUUUUUUUGUUUUCGUUCCUUUGUGUGCCUGCGUUCAUGAUCGACCUAGUCUCGAUUUUAAUUUUGAAAUUACUCAUUUUUUCAUUUCGAAGGUCAUUAAAGUUUGUAUCGAUUAAACAUAUAACCAAAAAUUCCACAUUAUUGAAAAUUUUUUCAAAUUUUCUUGUUUUUUUAACUUUCCAGACCCGACAUAAGCUCGACUUAAUUUCGUAUAAUUUUUCACGAUUUUUCGUGCUACGAUAUAUCGUCAGAUCGAUACAAAUUUCGAGAUUGAUGGUCAAAUUUUAUAUGAACGAAAUUGUAAAUUGUAAUUUCGUGUGCACUGAAAAAUUUCGAGAAGGAUCAUUGCUUUGUGGAAAACCUGAAAGUAUAGACGUUUAAGAUGAAUUGUAAAAGUUCGCGUGAUAACGACAAUCAUUCGAUGUCAUUUAUUGGGACGAGCGAAAAGUCACAAUCGUGAUCGAAGUCUUGAAUAAUAAAUUUUAAAGGGUCGACCCCUAAAUAUGUGUAUCUAAAUAAAUAUUUAAUGAUUGAAUAUUUAAAUAAUUGAAAGAAAAAUGGAUAUGAGUGUAUGUGUGAAAUAGGAAAGAAUUUAUACUUUGUAAAUAGAACGAAGAAUCGACGCGUGAUUCCUGAAUUAGCAAUGGUGUAUGAAAUAAUCUGAAAGUUUGAGUUUUCGUUUCGUCUUUUGCAAAAAAAGGUGGAAUCGAAGACAAGAAUCACUCGCUCUCGUUACCUACUAUUUUCCUGUUUCAUCAUUGUGUUUCAAUUUACAAAAUGUGCCAGCCUUUUAAGCUCCGUACGUAACGCAACAUCUUGCCACAGAGAAUAACGAACUAGUUAGGAUUCUUUUUAUUCAUUUAUAUUAAUUUUUUUCUUUCCAUAGAUAUCGCGUGUAGCGUGUGUGGGUGAUUCCAUUUUUGUUAUCAUUUUUUUGUUUUUAAUUCUUUCUAUGUGAUUUUAUAACGUCCGCGAGGAGAGAUUAGAAUCGGAGUGCGUGAAUGUAAUUAAAGAUAGAAUCCUGUAAAAAGUAAUAAUCGAAAGUGGUAAAAGCAACGGAAAAAGUGUAAUUCAAUAUCAAAUUCUUAAGGACGCUAAUGUAAAUAUUUAUACAAACAACGACGAUCGGCUCAAACCGUGUUAAAGAUUUUCUGAAUGCAUAUUUUAUAGCAUUUAACUUAGGAAAUGAAAUCUCGGUUUAUUCUCGACUCGUCGAGCUGUACAAUCGAUAAAAAGAAUCAUAACAAUAUAUUAUUAUUUUGUACAGAACAAAGAAAAUAUAGAUUAAAUUUUUGCACUACGAAAUUUUGAAGAUAAAUGAAAUAUUUCUCGUGUCAUUUUGUAUCGAGCUCUUUCAAUGCCCAAAUUAUUCCCUCACU